AUGUCGAAAUUGGAAGUGGGGGUGAUAAUAGCAAUGAAAGGCCAUCCAGGGAGUGGGAAAAGCACUUUAGCGAAAUCCAUAGCUUCAUCUCUCAAAAUCCCUCUAAUCGACAAAGACGAUAUCAAAGACUGUACCCUUCCUCUUCGUUUAACCUCACCCGCUUCUCUUCUCAACGACCUAUCAUACGACGCCAUCUGGCAGAUUGCUUCCACUCAGCUUAGCGUCGGUCUCAGCGUUGUUCUUGACUCUCCUCUUUCUCGUAGGGUUCACUUCGACCGUCUCCGUCAACUCGCCGCAGAGUUUGGUGCUUGUCUUGUUAUCGUCGAGUGUAGGCCGAAUGACCGUGAACUGUGGCGACGGAGGCUUGAGGGACGCGGCGGUGGUGGAGGAGGACAUAAACCGGCGACGUGGGAGGAUUUGGAGAAGCUUCUCGAAGAGUAUGGAGGUUGUAGUGAUUAUGAUGUCGGCGAUGUGGCGAGGAUGGUGGUGGAUACAACCGCACCGGUGUCUUUGGAUCGGUUGUGUUCGGAUGUUUUGGAGUUCAUUUUCUCUCACGCUGCUUAG